AUGUCUCUGCACGUCCUCUCCGACGGCGACGUGCGCAGCCUGCUGGCCAGCCUUGACGCGGCCGCGCUGGAGGACCUCUUCAGCGCCCUCGGUGACGCUUUGCAGGCCUAUUCUGUCGGCGACGAGAAGCAGUACCAAUGUCAUCGUCAGGGUGUCACGCGGCCAGGCGGGCCGACCAUGCUGUUCAUGCCGGCGACGCUGGCUGAUGGCGUGUCUGUCAAGGUGGUUGGUGUGCCGCUGCCCGCGCCAGCAUCGAUGCCAGUGUCAUCGCCAUCACCAUCACCAUCACCAUCCACUCCCAAAGGUCUCACCGGCGUCGUCCUCAUCUGCGACCAGGACGGCCGCGCCAUCGGUCUGCUGAAUGCCGCCGCCUUGACCGCUUUCCGCACCGCUCUCGGCUCCAUCCUGCUGUAUCGCCACCGCGCCACCACCGCCCGGAUCGUCGUCUUUGGCGCCGGCAAGCAGGCCCUCUGGCACAUCCGUCUGGCCCUGGUGCUGCGACGCGCCGACAUCGCCGCUGUCACUAUCGUCAACCGGUCGGCCGCACGCGCGGCUGAGCUUGUGGCCGAACUGCGCGCCAUGGACGAGGCCCAGCAGGGGAGUGCCGACGCUACGCUCCACCACGUCGCCUUCCGGGUGCUGUCCCCCGAGGCCGCCGACGUCGAGGCCGUCCGAGAGGCCGUCCAGCAGGCCGACGUCGUCUUCUGCACCACCCCGUCGACCUCCCCCGUCUUUCCGGCCGCAUGGCUGACUGGUGCGGCUGUCGAAGGAAAACCGAAGACCCGCUUCAUCUCGGCUAUCGGCUCCUACAAGCUCGAUAUGCAGGAACUCGACCCCGUCCUGCUGCAUACCAUCGCCACCGACGACAUAUUUCCGGCUUCCUACAGGCCACCCACCGCCAUCGACGUCACCGGCAGCACCAUCGUGGUAGAUAGCCGUGAUGCCUGCGCCGUCGAGGCCGGCGAGCUCGUCAAGGCUGACCUCCCCGACGGCCAUCUCCUCGAAACCGGCGAGCUGCUGCACAUGCGCAGCACUCUGAGUGCCUUAGAGGAUCGACAGCUCGCCGCCUGGCUGUGCGAUGGAAAUGUCGUCUACAAGAGCGUCGGCAUCGGCAUCAUGGACCUCUCUAUCGGCCGGGCCCUCCUCGAGCUCGGGGCAGCACGCGGUGUAGGCACGACGAUUGCCCACUUCUAG